AUGCAAGUCCUCAGUUUGGCUGUGCAUACCAAGGGCUGCAAUUGGCUGUUUUGGCUAGCAUACAAUCCAAUCAAAUCACAUACUUGUGAAAUACAAGAAAAGUAUCAAGUAUCUGUCAAGUUUAUAAGUUUUACUGAGGGCUGUGUUUAUCAAGGUUAUAUAUUUAGAGAAAGAAAGAGUUUAACUGAGGACUGUGUUUAUCAAGGUUAUAAAUUUAGAGAAAGAAAGAGUUUAACUGAGGACUGUGUUUAUCAAGGUUAUAUAUUUGGAGAAAGAAAGAGUUUAACUGAGGACUGUGUUUAUCAAGGUUAUAUAUUUGGAGAAAGAAAGAGUUUAACUGAGGACUGUGUUUAUCAAGGUUAUAUAUUUAGAGAAAGAAAGAGUUUAACUGAGGACUGUGUUUAUCAAGGUUAUAUAUUUGGAGAAAGAAAGAGUUUAACUGAGGUCUGUGUUUAUCAAGGUUAUAUAUUUGGAGAAAGAAAGAGUUUAACUGAGGGCUGUGUUUAUCAAGGAUAUAUAUUUGGAGAAAGAAAGAGUUUAACUGAGGGCUGUGUUUAUCAAGGCUAUAUAUUUAGAGAAAGAAAGAGUUUAACUGAGGACUGUGUUUAUCAAGGUUAUAUAUUUAGAGAAAGAAAGAGUUUUACUGAGGGCUGUGUUUAUCAAGGUUAUAUAUUUAGAGAAAGAAAGAGUUUAACUGAGGACUGUGUUUAUCAAGAAAGAAAGAGUUUAACUGAGGGCUGUGUUUAUCAAGGUUAUAUAUUUGGAGAAAGAAAGAGUUUUACUGAGGACUGUGUUUAUCAAGGUUAUAUAUUUGGAGAAAGAAAGAGUUUUACUGAGGACUGUGUUUAUCAAGGUUAUAUAUUUGGAGAAAGAAAGAUUUUACGUUUAUGUUUAAAGUUGGAUGAAGAUUUGAGAAAAGAAAACUUGGCACGGUUUAGUACAUCAUGUCCAGCUCUAGACCUUGAGGGUCAGGAUAUACCACCUCUUUCUAUCAAUGACGGUCAGUUUUAA